AUGCGGGAUCUCAUCGCGAACGACAUCGACGUGGAUGACGUCCCUGAAGAGAGAGAACUGUAUGCAGCACGAGUCAUGCGUCGUCUUCUUCGGCGCUACUCGCCGCUUGAAGCAAUCGUGAUAGCCUUACAGUGGAGAGGAAAAAGCCGCGUGCUUCGAGUCAAGGACGCACUGCAGUUCCUACUGCUUAUCCAAAGAUAUGGUGGGGACUAUGCUUGGCGUGUCGCUGUUUCCUUGGGGUACUUCUUACAUCGAGACUUGCCAACACUACCCAUGAUGGCGUUCGACCUCAACGCAAUGUCUGACACCGAUUGUCGAAAGAGCUUUCGCUUUGACCACGCUGGUAUCAAGCGCUUGGUGAUACUUCUAAGGGUCCCUAACGUUCUCAUCACACCAGAGCAUGGAGAUCGAUUCUCAGCAACUGAAGCCGUCUGCCUUUUGUUAGAAAGGUUGAGUUACCCACGAACUCUAGAGGAUCUCCAGGCUCGAUACGAUCGCUUCAAAUCAGCUCUGUGCCGGAUGACCAUUUACAUGAUUCAUCAUAUUUUGAAAGCGGCAAAAAAACAAAUAUUGUUUUCGCGAACUACAACGGCCGAACGACUUCGAAACUACGUUCAGGCAUUUAAACGGCGAUUAAUUCUUCACUGCUACCGGUGCGAAGACGGUCGACGCGGAGAUGGAUACAUACUUCGAGCUUCAAAUCUCUUGCCGUUUUUAGAUGGCCAUGACGUCAUUCGACGGAACGAGUAUCUUGUCUUCCCGGACUCGGCAUAUCCCAACAACAACAUCAUGAUGACCAUGUUUCGAGGAAGAAAUUUGACGCCGUGGGCGACUGCAUUCAACAAGCGCAUGGCUAAAGUGCGAGUAUCUGUCGAAUGGGGUUACGCUCAAGUAGCUCAAAACUUUGCUUUUCUGGACUGGGAACGUCAACUGAGAAUUGAAGCGAUGCCUGUCGAAGCAUUUUGGCUGAUGGCUGUAUUUUUUACGAAUUGCCUGACCUGUCAUUGGGGACAGGAGUACCUCAGUGGUGUUCAUUUCCAAGCGGAUUAA